CACUCCAGCACUCUCAUUGGUCCAUUCAAGUGUCAAUCCACACGCCGGAAUUACGAUUAACAGGACCCUCUGUGGCGCAAAAAUGGAGGAUAACAUUAAAGAUCUCAGCCGACCUCAGAUGUAUUUAUUUGGUUGCUCAUUGAAAGCUGAUAAGAAAGAGCACAAAGUUGAGUUGGAUGAUGAUGAGGCUGAACAUCAGCUGUCACUCAAGGCGGUGUGUUUGGGUGCUGAGGCGGAGGAUAAAUUUCACACCGUGGAGAUGGAGGGAUUGACUUACGAUGGCAAAACAACCAAAAUCACUCUUGCUGUACUCAAGCCGUCCGUUCUGCCUUCUCUAAGUCUGGGAGGUUUUGAGGUCACACCUCCUGUGUCCUUUCGCCUGCAGUCCGGAGGGGGGCCGGUCUACAUCAGCGGUCAGCAUUUCGUCAGUGUGAAGGAAUCAGAUGAUGAAGAUGAGGAAGAGGAGGAGGAGAAUAAUACAUCACCAGUGAAGAGACCGUCCAACAUGACCCUUGCAAAAGUGCCUCAGAAAAAGCUGAAAAUGGACUCGGAUGAAGACUCGGAUGAGGAUAGUGAUGAUGAUGACGAUGACGACGACGACGAUGAUGAUGAAGAGGAUGAUGACAAAGAGGUAAAGGCUGUUGCAAAGACCCCCAUCAAAACCCCUCAAAAAACCCCAGAGAAAAAGAAAAGUGCAGAUAAGCAGAACGGCUCUCCAGACAAGAAAGCGGGGACAUCAGGGAAGCCCCAAACACAAACACCACAGAAAGUAAAAGACAAGUCUGCAGCGGGGCCUUCUGGGAAGUCUCCUAACACUCUCAGCUUGAGUGAUGUCAAAAGCAAACUUUCAUCAGCAGCUAAAGAGGGGAGGCCACUUCCAAAGACGGAACAGAAGUUUGAGAACUACGCUAGAAGCUGUUUCAAGAUCUCUGAUAAACAAGUGAUCAAAGACCUUUGGAACUUUGUACAAUCACUAAAAAAGUAAUGGCUGCUCUGCGCUCCCCUUCCCGUCCCGGUGCAGCAGAAGACUGGGGUGAGCCAGUAACGGCUCUUCAGCUGUGCAAUCUGGCCUCUUCCCGUCUUAACACAAUCCGCCUGCUCUUCUCUCACUUUAAAGAUGGAUUGAGCAGAAGGAGCCUCAGCAAUGACAGAUAUCAUGCUUUAUGUUUUAUGUGUUUUUUUUUUAAUUAUGGAUUUUUUGUCAAGUCCACAGUGGUUUCUUAGAAGAACAUUUAAUGGGUUUUGUUAAAGCAGUUAUAAUUUUAAAAAGUGAACUAAGGGUGAAUCACAUCUUAUCAAGAACUUGUGCAGGUCAUAUUUCACCCCAAAUUUGAAAGAAAUAAUAUUUUGCGUGAAGAAAAUGAAGCCUGUACUAAACAAAUGUUUUGCGAUGAGUUUUUUUUCUCAGAAUUAAGCACAUAUCCCCUAAUUCUCAUUAUCAUAAUGUAAAAAAAUAAGUAAUAUUGUUAAGUAUUUAUGCAUCAUAGAAUGAUUUGUGGUAGAAAUUAUAAUUUAUGGUGAUUUAAUUUCAAAAAUACAGUACAAGUUAAAUAAUAAGUUAAAUUUUACUAUUUUAUUAAAAUUUAUGUGCCAUUAAUUCUGGCACAUAACGGUAAUGAGAAUUUUUUGGGGGGGAUGUUAAUGGUCAUUAAAAUAGUGUUUUCUUUUUUCAAAAUAUAAUUUUCUUUUUUUGUUUUUGUUUCUUGUGUAUAUUUGAAACCAUAGUCACUGUAAAUCAUCCCCUUCAUGUGAAGAUGGCAGCUGAAGUGUAACAAUGCUAAAGAUUCAGUCACAUUCUGAGUGUUCCGUCUGAUUGAAGAUUCCGUCUAGUUUUCAGUAUUCCGUGCAGCUCUCGGCAUUCUGCCUUGCAGCAGUUCCAAUUCAACAUUUAGACUUUACAAUUAUCUUAAGUGCUAUAGACUCUCCUAUAAAAAUCCUCUUGAGAAGCACGGCCAGAAUAUGAUACCUUGUUAAAAUGAUUGCUAAUCUAUGGUCAUUAAAUAUGAUAAAAAAUAUGUUUAGUUGAUUUGAUGCUUUAAAAUGCAGCUUGCGCUUUUUAUGUUGUUUUUGUCAUAUCAGUUGUUUUUUUUUUUCACUAAGCCAUUUUAAUUUGUUAGCGUUAAUAGUUAAAAACCUUUAAACGUAUGUUUUUUGAAAGCGGAAGAAUCUGUCCUUGAAUCUGUUUUAAUUACUUUGACAUGUUGUGUUGUGAAAUUGGUACAAGUGUGAUUUUUAUUUUCUUUCCACAAAGUAUAUGCUGCAAACAAGCAGUGCAUUGCAACAAAACUAACUUGUUCCAUUAUGAUGGUUAAUAAUGCAAUCGCACAGUGCUGCUUGUUUGUUGAUGUCGAUUACGUUGGGAGCAAUUUAAUUUUGUUGCAUCAUUCUGCUCGCUUGCAGUAUUAGAUUGGGUUCCUUUCUUGGAUGUAAAUGGAGGUAAUCCAGAUUUAGUUAAUCUGUGAAAUAAAUACUGUAUAACAACUUUUUGUCUGUGAAUUUUAACAAUGUAAAUUUGACUAUACUCUAGUUUUAACCAGUCUUUGGAUGAAGGUAAUCAAGUGCACCAAUAAGUGGUGUUAUAACUGCUAACAUCAAAGGCCAGAGGCAAGAUCAUGUCCUUACCACAUAAAGUAUUUAGAACAGGACAUCUGGCUAGACUAACAAAAACAAACUAUGUUGUGCACCUUUAUAGUCUGAAAAUGUUUGGUGCAAUGCCCAUUCAUGUGUGCAAUGUACAGUGGCACCGCGCAGCAUCUUUAUUUUUGCUGUCUCGUCAAUGCAAAUAAUUGACGAGACAAAUAACAUAGGUGUGCAUUGCUUGAUUUAAUUAUUACACCUACAUAACCAAUGUUGAAUCAACCCUGCUGAAAAAAAAACACUAUAAAAGAAAUUCUAAUGGUUUCCAUUACAAAUACCACUAUAAACAUCAACUUUUAACUUUUAAAAUGAUUUCCUGUAGUGUGUUUUGGAACAUAUUCCAUUAGGAUUUAGUGGUUUUAACAAGCCACCAAUAGAAGGCGACCAAUUACUAGUAGAGACCAACAGGGUUUAUUACAGUCUCCAUUACAUCCAGUACAAUUCCCAUUAUAAAUUGUGUGAUGGUUUCUAUUGUUUUUUCAGCAGGGAAAAGCAGCUCUGAUGAAACAAAUGUUAGAUGAUGCUUUAAAUUGUUGUAAAACUUGCCAACAAAGACCAUACAGAGCACCAGUUUAGUUGUCUUCUGCUGGACCUCAGUAGUCCUUUCUCCUGCUCCAGAAAGUCUUGGUCCCAUUUCUCCUCCUGAGGUAUUCGCCUUAUUGGCUUGUUUCAAGAAACAGAGUUUUCCAUUCUAUCACUGUCUGAAACAGAACGAAUAAAAGUGACGACUGAAACAGA